AUGGCAGGCGCAUUGAACUCGGCGCCUCGAUCAAGCAACUACACGACGGAAUCGUCAUGGAUUGACCAGUCGGUCUGGCGUCCCUGGCUGGGCAGUAACCCGCAUAGCUGUCUGGAUCCCGAUCCGGACUCUGACCUGACCACUGGCUUCAACACCCGCUCGACCUGUCGUCUGGAUUCUGGCGUGUCCUCGUGCUGGGCUGGUGGCUAUGACGACGAUUUGGAUCCCGCUUUGAAGUCUCGCUCGAAUUCUGGCUUGGCUCGUUACUCGAACCGCGACUUGAAUCAACGCCUGAGCCCUGACUCGGAUUCUAGUCUGAGGCGUUCAAACAGUGACGUGCAUAACAGCCUUGCUUCGGCUUUGGACCCUGGCGUGAUCAUGGUGCGAGUGCAGAGACAGACGUUUGAAUUGCCCAUGAUGUCAGAAGAGUCGUUUCAGCAGACGACGACUUUCAGCGACAAUGUGUCUGCGCGAAGCAAUGAGGGCUGGCUUGAAGCCUCACGGCCCGAUGCAAUGAGUCGAGGAGGUAUACUCUUAACAUGGGCCGAAGAAAAGGACAAGCAACAAGGGUAUGACUUCACGCAGGCAGACGCUUCCAGGUUUCGAGCUCAUCGCGAGGAUUCUCCACCUGUCGAUAGCGCAGCAGUUGUGUCACUCCUCACAGAUACUUCCUUUGACCCUGCCUUCGGAGGCACAGAAGAGAUUGACCUCGACCCAGCCGCGGCACCUCCGCUCUUGACUCGAUCCGAGAUGGAGAUGCUGAACUCUUUCCGAAAGCAGAUCGGCCGUUCAUCUGACAGGGCCAGUACCACUGCAUCAUCCCAGGCAGGUCUAUCUGGUCUCAGCUUGAUCCCAGACAUAGAUUCCUUCCUUCAACAAAAUGAUUCGUCUACCCUGAGGCGGCAGGGCAUGCAAGCGACAGCCCAGCCGAGUCUGACUCUAAGCGACUCCGUUCUUGAGCAUCGGCGGGGAGCGGUGGAUUGGGUGACGGUGCAUAAACGUUACCACGAUGAAAUUUGGGGGUAUCUUCGCCCCGCGCUGGAAGCGGCAAAAGAGGAGAUGGAGGAAAAGGGCCAAGAAGGGUUGACAGGGGGAGAAGAUACCGAUGGACCUGCAGUUCGGAGACUGAAGGUGAUUCUCCGGCAUGUGCAGGUGUAA